CGGAAAUGUCUUGCCAAGAACCAGCCAAACCUCCAACACUGUGCAGUGCACCUUAUAUUCCGAGAUAUUCUUCGAUUGAAAGUCAUCAUUUGAACUACAAUUACGAUGACACAGUGACAGUGACAUGUGACACGAACAAUGAUCAAUUUACCCUGCGGUGUCAGGCAAGUGGAUUAUGGAAUGGCCCUGAUAUAUCCUGUGCAGCACCGACAUUGCCGGUAAUACCAGCUCCAUUUCCUCCAUCACAUGCCUCCUGCAGUGCACCAGCAGUGCCUAUUGAUUCAACCAUUCAGAAUCUUCGUCUCUCAUACAAAGACGGUGACAGGAUGAACGUGACAUGUAACGUGGGUUCUGAUUGGUUCGACGUAUCAUGUGACGAUGGAAUAUGGAUAGGCCAAAACAUAGUUUGCCCUGACCCUCCCAAAGAAUGCAAUCCACCAAUCAUCCCCGUCGUUUCAUUCAUGGAAAAUGUUAAGCCUCGGUACAAGAUUGGUGACCAAGUCAACAUCACAUGUAACGACGACUCUGAUUGGUUCGCUUGGGAAUGUCACACAGAUGGCUUGUGGCGAGGGAAUUCCGUCCAGUGCUCAACUGAUUGUCCACCGCCCGGAGGAGGAAAACCUACAUUUCCAGAGCGCAUUUCAUAUUCUAAGAGUGAGCAAAAGGGAAGGGAUUACUUUAUCACCGGUCUUCUGGUUACAGCUGUCAUCUUAUUCAUCCUUGUUCUCAUGUGUAUGGCUGCGUUUGUUAUCUUCAUGAGAAAUCGUGGCUAUGAUCUAGCAACAUCAUCGAAAGACACCCUUCAAGAUGAGAAGGGAUCCAGAGGACCUCUUCCCGACGUUCCUGACGGUUAUGCCAACUACAUUGGGGGUGACCAGUCACUCUAUGUCGAACCAUACCUCAAACAAAAUGAAGAUCCCAUUCGAAGCUAUGAAGUCUACGAAAAACCAACUUGAAUAAUUUACUACCAGUUUUAGAUUCAAUGAGCACUUCAUAUAUGAAAACUCGACUCUUGUUUAUUAGCCUUCUUUUAUACUUAUGCUGUUAUUCUGUGUUGUUGUUUAAUUCUCAUAAAUUUUGAUUAAUCUUUCCUUCAAAUGUUAGAAGUUAUUUCACGCAGUCAUCCCCUGUUCCUUGAUAAUUUACACUAAUAUUCACUAUAAUAAAAUGGUAUACCAUUAAUAUCCCUCUUCUUUCUCAUAAUGCAUUAAUAGUUGUCUUGAAAUCCACUGAAUCCACUAAAUAUCAUUGUAUUGUGACAACGAAUUCACGUUUCUGUGAAUUUUUUGCAUAAUUUUUCAAGUAAGAAUAUGAAAAUACCACUAUCUCUUGAAUAUCCUAUGUUUAUUAUUGAAAUAAGUUUAAGACGAGGUUAAACCAGUUUUGCUUUAAGUACAGUAUGUAGGAGAGGUGUACAUUAAGAUGAAACACGCAUUCAUUAGUUUUAUUAAAUUUAAAUCUA